AUGGAUACCAACUUAGACGGAGAAUUUCUCGAUACAGCAGGAGACCUACCUCCGAGUAACGAGGAAUGGUAUGAGGGUGCAGCUAAGUGCUAUUCUCAGGAUGGUCUCACAUUUCUGGAUCUUUUCGACGCCGAUGAGCAUGCAGAAUACAGGAAGGAGAACCUAUUUUACCCAUUCACAUCGAGGGAAGAGUGGGAGGUCGCUGACUUCCUCCUGCGUUCUGCCCUUAGCAUGGCAGCAAUCGACAAAUUGUUGCAGCUCUCCAUGAUAAAACGAUUGAAGCUGUCCUUUAACAACGCUAAAGAUUUGCGAGGUCAGGCUGAAAUGCUGCCGAAGGGACCAAGCUGGAAAUGCCAAGUCAUUCCCUCACUUCAUGGCAUGAAAAGUCCAAUUCGACUAUUCUGGAGGGAUCCAGUUGAGUGUUUGGAGAGUCUCUUCAGUAACCCCCUCUUUCACGACCAACUUGACUUCGUCCCUCAUUGUGUUUACAAGACUGCAGCACAGCUCCUACGUGUAUAUUCAGAAUGGUUGACAGGUGACGCUGUUUGGAGCAUCCAGGAUCAACUGCCCCAAGGUGCAACAGUCCUUGGCACUGUGCUUUCAUCCGACAAAACCAAUAUCACAACGAUGACAGGUGCUAGGGUCGCACACCCACUUUUGCUAGGCCUUGCUAAUAUUCAUAUGCACACUCGCACGAAGCUCUCGUCCAAGGUGUUUAUGCUCACGGCUCUCCUUCCCAUCCCACAAUACUUACACCCCAAUCAACGAAUGCGGGGUAUGCUCGAAGAUUGCCUCAUCCACGAAUGUCUUUCGAUUGUUCUACAACCCCUGAUGAAAGCCGCUGAACUUGGAAUCAUGAUGUCUGACCCAGUAGGAAACAUCUGCCAUUGUUUUACCCCCCUUGCAGCAUACAUUCAACUCACCAGCAUUGAUGUUGAUCCCAAUGACCUGGAAGGCUUUUUUGCUGCAUGUGCAGAAUUCUGGCUAAAUGGUGUCUUUGUGCCUUUCUGGAAGGGCUGGCCAUUGAGUGAUCCUGCAAUAUUUCUUACGCCAGAAGCUUUGCAUCACUGGCAUAAACAGUUUUACGACUAUGACAUGCAAUGGUGUCUUGCAGUUCUCGGAGCGCCAGAAUUUGAUUUCCAAUUCUCAAUAUUGCAACCUAUCACAGGUUAUCGCCACUUCCCCAACAGAAUAUCCAAACUGAAGCAGGUCAUGGGCAGAGUCCAUCGUGAUAUACAGUGCUACAUUGUUGGACUGAUCGCUGGUGCAGCCCCCCAUCGAUUCGUGAUUGCAAUUCAUGCUUUAAUGGACAUCCGAUAUUUGGCGCAGUCUCCCGAACCUGACAACAACUUACUCGCAUCUAUUGACAGAUCACUUGCACUAUUUCAUGAUAAUAAAGAUGUUAUCAUGACACUAGGCGCUCGGAUGGGUGCGAAGAGAGUGAUUGACAAUUGGCACAUACCCAAGCUAGAGCUCAUGCAGAGCAUUACCACUAGCACAUGCCAAGUUGGUGCCCUCAUCCAGUGGUCUGCAGAUGCAACUGAACAUGCACACGUCUCUGAAAUCAAGGACCCAGCGCGACGUACUAACAACAACGAUUAUGAUCCCCAGAUCUGUCAUCACUUAGAUCAAGAAGAGAAACUGCGUCGUUUUGCAGUUGCUACAUCUCUCAAGAGCUCUCCCACAGAUCCCAAUCUCGAAGAACUCUGUGAGGAUGAAGGAGAUGAGGACAAGGACAAGGACAAGGAAGAAAAUGGGGAGAAUGAUGAACCAAUGGAUCCACGAACCGCACUCUUAGAGGAACUGAAUCACACACAUACCACUUCCAACUACUUCAGCAAAAUAAGAAUGUCGGCUGCUACAAGGCAUGGAAUUCCUCAGGCUCACCCUCCUCGUACGUUCCUUGCUGGCAGCACUGCCGUUCAUCUUAAUUGUAACCCCACCUACACUGGCUUGAAAAUUGACAAGGUUGCUGAUCAAUUUAACAUCCCAGAUCUGUGGCACGCUCUCUCAGACUUCUUUCAAUGUAAUGUGAGGAAUGGAGAUGGAGUUUUUGGAGUGGGGGUUCCAAGAAGAUUGCUGAUCGACCGCCCUCUGAAUAUUCCUUUCGAACACGUUCAAGUAUGGCAUACUGUUCGCUUGCAGCAAGCUUGUCUUCACGAUCCAAGUAUUGUUUUACCUGCACAAACCAUGCAUGCAUCUCCCGCAUGCCCUGGGUGGCCAAAAGGUCGACAAGAUGUUGCCAUUUUUAACAUCAAUAGCGCACAUGAUUGGCCUGAGUCAGGGUUAAUGGGUCAUGCUGUCUGUGAACUGCAACUUAUCAUGCGCCCAAUACCUCGACGAGGCUCACGUAUUACAUGGCAUGAUCGAUAUCUUUGUUAUGUGCGCAGCUUCAAGAUUGGUGUGGUUGAUCCUGUCACCAAAAUGCACACAUUGACACACACAAAACAUGUCAAUGGUACUCUGGUGGGAGAUAUUGUUCCUCUAACACAAAUUCGAGCAUUCAUCAGCAUCAUCCCGAAACUGGGUGCUGCAGCGGAUCCUAGGUUGACUAAGUCUACUUCUGCACAUUAUCAUUCCUCAUUCUAUUUGAAUAAGUACUUUGAUAAGCAAAUUUAUGAUAGCCUGUACUAUGCAUUGCAAGGAUAG